UAAUACAAAAUACGCCCGCUGCUCGUUCUUCUGUUACAUUCUUUGGUAACUCCAUAAAAAAAAUUUGGAAUUUCCUGAAUGUUGCUCUGAGCUUAAAAUAUAAUAAUUAACAUCUACAGAUGUAAACUAAGGUGUUUCCUGGCUUUGUUCAAUAUGAAUAAGUAAAACACUACUUUAAGGUCUGUUUUCAGAUGUGAAAUAUCAGCCGAGGGUCUUUAAAAUAAAGCGUAUAAUCCCAGAAAGCAUGUCCACAAAUAACAAGGAUAAAUUGACAAGUACAGAGGUUGAAGGAAGAGAUGACCUGUAUAAUUUCUACCUGCAUGUUCGAACCUACAUGGAUGAUGUCAAAGCUAAUGAUGCUGAGCUCAGAAGAAAAGUAAAAAAAAUUAGAGCUAAAUAUAAUUUCUAUGUUCAUGCAGCUGAUAUUGCGAGAGUGGCAGGAGGAGUUGUAGGAGGAGUAAGGCAUGCACUGCAUAAAGUUGAAGAAUUAGCACUAAGUUUGUACAGAAGUCCAUGGAAGAAAGAAUUGUAUACGCUCAAGAUUCAUGGUGUUCUCAUCAAAAAUUAUCUUCAGCCGGCACUUACCAAUUACCAGUUUCUCUUAAACAAGUUAGGCUAUGAAAGAACUGGAAACAAAUUUGUAUUAGAUAUCUAUAAUGAAAUGAGAAAAGAGGGUCAUUAUUCCUCCUCUUCUAUAAAUGAAUAUUUGUACUUUGUAUUUAGAGAUAAGGUUGCAAAGGUAGCAUUUGAUUUAUAUACAUUAAAAAUGAACGAAACCGAGAAUAUUCCUGAAAAAUUUAUUGUACAUGCACCACCAAAAGGUCAUUCACCUCACCACAGCUUUAGCGGUAAUAUCCAAUAUCCAACCAGCUCUCACGACAAUACCGGAAGUGAUAUGUACGGCAGGAAUGGAAUUGAUACUUACAACAACCAAAGAAGAGAUUUUGAUCUUAGAAACCUUAGUUCUGAUGAUCAAAUUAGUAAUAUCACUACUAUUUUUAACAAUGUCAACCCUAUAAUCACAGUACCUAACUUGGCAGUGACUGAACAAGAAAAGAGGAGGAUAGAAUCCUAUGAAAAUUCAUAUCCUGAAGAAAAAACACAAGUAACAAAGCAUAAUUUUGGUGAAGCUAACUUGGCAGCGAAGGAACAACAGAAGAGGAUGACAGAAUCUUAUGAAAAUUCAUAUCAGGAUGAAAAAACACAACCAAAUAAAGCACAACUCCAGAAGUUUGGUGAACCAAACUUGACAGCAAAAGAACCAGAAGGUAUGACACAGCCUAAUGUGACACCUAAUGAAGAAGAAACAAGAAACAAACAGCCAUUAAACAAGGAAAGCUUUAUUGAACUGGAAAGAAAGAAAGUUAGCAAAAGUAUAAUUGGUGAUAAACUUUGCAAUCUAAUUCCAAAGAAGAAUUCUGUAGAAAAAAAUGAAAACAUUUUGAAUGAUAAAAUAUUGUCUAAAGUUAAUUUUAAGAACAUAGAAGAUGUUGAGGCAAGAAAGACUGAGAAAAAGACAAGCUCACCAAAUUCGAGUCUGGGAGUUCCUUCUGGGAAUCAACCUCAAACACAAAAGCAUGUGGAACGUAAUAGUGAACGUUCAACUGAUGUUGAGUUACCAGCAAACAGUGUGAUGAAUGCAGGUAAAACCGAAUUGAGUAGUGAAAAUUCGACUGAUGAAAAAUCAAGGUUGCCAAACUCGAGUGAAAGUGUUGGAGAUAAUUCAAAGUGUCAGCCUCAUGGCAUAUCUAAUAACGAAUGUAUUAGUGGAACAGAGGGAACACAUGUCAUUUCUAAUAAUAAAUGUAUUAGAGGAUCUGGCGGACCAGCAACUGAUGGCAGUUACAAAGGAUGUUCUGGAGCUUUCUCAACAGAUAUUGCAUACAGUAAAACUGAAUUGAAUAAUAGUAAGUUGCUUGGGCCUCGAUUAAAAGAUCAUUCCACCACACGAAAACAACAUAAGACUUCAUCAUUUAAUGAGGAAACUAUUUCAAACCAACUUCUGCUGUCGAAAUACGCAAGAAACCGAAGUUUUUCUGAUGAAAAACCAACAAAUACUUAUGAUGAACCCCAUAGCCAUGCAUCCGCUGUAAAACAACACAACACACGCAGUGUAGCUCGUAGUCAGGUUUCUUCAACUAAAACUUCAACCUCGACCGACUUCAAGACAUACAUAAGUAGUGGUAGAGGUAGCAGUACUGAUAAUUAUGUAAAUGUUAAAUCCAACACACCAUCCGGUCAUAAUGUAAAUCAAUGCACAAAUUGUAGUGCGAAAGAAGGGAAUCAGUUAAUUUGUCAGGAUUGUAAAUGUGUACUUCCUUUAUGUUCGAAAUGUUAUGUAAAAAACCGUUUUAAGUGUCAGAUUAGUAGUGGUGGCUAUCACAAGUUUCAAUCAAUUUACCCUGAAGAGACAAGUGUUUAGAAUUAUAUAGUUGAUGUAUUAUAUACAAGUGACUGGAAAAGCAUUGCAUUUAAACUAGCAAAUACGUCAUUAACUAGUAUAAACUUAUGUAAAUUAUAAUAUACUACAUAAAGUGUCAAACAUAUUUUCUGCUUUGUGAUGGUGCACUUUCUGGAAUAGAUUAUCAACAAAUCUAAUUAAUAUGUGGCUAUCGACUGCACUUGCACCUCAAAUAGGUAUUUGUACCAUAUGUUAACAUAAUUCAUUCAACAUGAUUACAGUUGAUUUGAAAAUUAUUUUGAUAAUAUACUGUAGCUGUUUUCAAAUUUAGUAUA